UCCAGUGGGUGGCGGGAGGAAGCAUUCCUUUUUAAGAUCUCGUAUUACUCAUCCCGAAGAUAGAAGUGCUGUGUGAAUCGGUUUAGAAAGCCAAGAGUUCGUCACAAAAAUGGCUCUUACACGCCUCCGUUUACCCAACGCUUUUUUGCGACAGCAGUUUUCCAGAAGUACCAGCAACUGUACCGGUAAUGGAGAACGCAACGAACGGCUUAUCAGAGUUGUCACCAGCGGCUGUCCUUUGAUAAGUAACACGAAAACAACCCUGCUGCAGUCGUCGUCGUCGUCAUUUGCAGGCCAAAGGAUGUACUCCAACAUUGACUAUCUUCGGGGUGAUCCCAACCUGGAGUGCACGGCCGGAACGAUGAACGAUGUUAAACAAACGAUCAUCAAAAAGUUGGGCAUCGAAGUUGGCUACACUCCGUUCGUUAGCACGCGUGAGCAUCUGGUAAAGUAUGUGCCACAUUCCGUGGAAUCGCUACCAGCACGCAGCAUGCAGGACUCCUUCACGUCGGCCAUCAUCCCACUAACGACGGACAAAAUACUGAAGGAUAAGUACGUCGGUUUCAUGGGAAAUGUACGAGUUGGCCGGCUUAUGGAGGAUAUGGACAUGUUUGCCGUGUGGGUCGUUCAUAAACACGUGCUGUUGCCGGAUCUUCCGGAAGGAGUCUCACUGCCUUACACGUUCGUGACCGUGCUGGUGGACAAAAUCGACUUUACCGAUCUGAUGCCAACACAUGACGCUGAUAUUCGUCUUUCCGGGCAUGUGAGCUGGGUUGGUCGAACCUCGGUCGAGGUGGUCGUAUGGAUGGAGCAGAGACUGCACGGAAAGUGGCGUAAACUUACGCGUGCCUUGUUCCUGAUGGCAGCCCGUGAUGCCACUAACACUAAGGCUGCCUUUAUCAACCCACUCGUUCCGGCCAAUGCCGAGGAGAAAGCAAUAUUUGAUGGAGGAGAAUCACGCAAAAAACGACGUGUUCAACUGCAGAAGGAAGAUCUUCUGAAGGCUGAACCGAACGAUUUCGAACAGCGAAUGGUGCACGAACUGUUCGUCAAGUCAAUCGACACCAAGAGCCGGGCGUUCAACAAGCGCAUCCUACCGCCCGGGUACGUGUGGAUGGAGGAGGCAACGAUGGCCAACAUUGUCUUCUCGCACCCGGAAGACCGCAACGCACACAACAAAGUGUUUGGUGGGUUUUUGAUGCGGAACGCACUGGAACUAAGCUGGGCGCUGGCGUACAACUUUGCCAAGCGACGCCCGAAGCUGGAACGAAUUUCGGAUAUCAGCUUCCACCAUCCAGUGGACGUUUCGUCGAUGUUGAACAUGCAGGCACACGUGAUCUAUACCGAUUUGCACUACAUGGAGAUAGUGGUGCUGGCGGAUGUGUACGAUGCCGUAACGGGUCAGCAAACGACGACCAACAGCUUCUUCUACACGUACUCCGUGGCCGAGCGGUUGCCGAAAAUUAUGCCCAAAACAUACCACGAGGCUAUGUACUAUCUGGACGGGCGGCGGAAGUUCCGCUACGCUAUGGGGCUCGAUACGCCGAAGGCUGGACAAAGUGCCAGCAAUCCGACAACCGAGGAACCUAAAAGUAAACUCUAAACGAAAUGCUGCUGUUCCCACCUCUAUUUAAGCCUUACUCUAAGCAUCUACAAUCUAUGCUAAGUUUCUGAAGAUAAUUUAUUUCUUAAAAACAAUCCAAUUCCAAUUGGCAGCGCUUCAAAAGCAGUUUAUGUUUUGUCGGUGAGGAUCCGCUAUCCGCAGAUAAGAUAUUAUUUUCACCUAUUGACAAUGUUGUUUACAGGGCUUUUUUAUUGGUCUAAUAUAACGGAAAAUAUAACUAAACCUUUUACUGUGAAACAAAAACUUUCAAUCCUUGUUACUCAAAUUUAA